UCAGCUCAGUUGUAUUUCAGUCGUGGUUCCGUAAUGUUGCUUUUGCUUCUAUUUCUGUCACUAACUUCCGCUCUGGACCCGACCUCCAAUAACGCCCUGUACCAGUGUGGAGUUCGUCGCCGCAUCGGUGUCCAGCUUAUUGAACGAGGAUGGGUAGCCGAGCUGGGCCAGUGGCCGUGGCACGCAGCCCUGUUUCACGUGUCCAGCAACGGGUCUAGCAGCUAUGCCUGCGGUGGAACUCUGUUGGAUCAACGCCACGUCCUGACAUCGGCCCACUGUGUCACAACCAAACGGAGGAAGAACAUCGUCCCGAUAAGUGGUUCGAAGCUCGUGAUUCAUCUCGGGCAGUACGAUCUUCGGGAGAUAACGGGAGUUCAGCUGCGCAAUGUCAGCGAAGUACACAUUCACGAAGAGUACUCGACGAACCGAAAUGAUAUCGCGGUGCUCGUGCUGAGCUCGGACGUUGAGUACUCGGAUUUUGUGAUACCAAUCUGCCUGGAUAAUCGCGUUGAUCCGGAUCUUACCAAGCUCGUCGGUCAACGAGGAUCCGUCGCCGGAUGGGGACUAACGGAGAAUCAAACAGUGUCGCAAUUGUUGAGGACGGCACAGAUGCCCGUCGUUAGCCACGUGGAGUGCGUUCAGGCAGAUCCAACACUGUUUGGUCGAUAUUUGGACCGCGGGAUGUUCUGUGCAGGAGAGCGGAACGGCACUAGCGUUUGCAACGGUGAUAGCGGAGGUGGAUUCUACAUUAGCGAGGGUGAUCGCUGGGUCUUGAGGGGAGUUGUAUCGUUUUCCGGGGUUGACGAAAAUCGGCAGUGUGAUACGGCGCAAUACGCUGGGUUCGCGAAUGUGCAUAACUAUCUUGAAUGGAUUCGAAACGUAACGGGUUCUAGAGGUGGUGCAGCUGAUAAGCUGAAUGUUCCAAGGCGAAUAAGUGAAAUUGAGUGUGACAAGUAUAAAGAACUGGCUGGUAAACGAGGCAAUGGGAUUUGUUUGAACUCCAGACAGCCGCAUAAUGUUGCUUUAAUCUACGAAGAAGAGAUUUGGGGAGUUUGCUCCGGUGCCCUAAUCAGCGAUCAAUUUAUCUUGACAGCGUGCAGUUGUAUGAAAAAUAUGAAACCCGUCAGUGCACGUAUCGGACAAUUUCUGAACAUCAAAAUAGCGAAAAUUGUUUGUCACCCACAAAAAGGAGACUUCGUUAAUGACGUAGCUCUGAUCAAACUGGAGUCAAAGGUAGAGUUUGCAGCAUCGGUCAUUCCAGCCUGUUUGGCCAACGAUUGGACCGAGAAUCUGUACGACACUUUGCUUCUCACUGGGUUCAAGGAGGAUUUCCGCGUCUACGAAGAUGUUUCAGGAUUCGGAAAACGACCGAAAAUCACCGAGCUUGUAGAAUCGGUAGACAAUCUGAUCAUCACCAAGGAAGAGUGCCGGAACAGGACUCAGGAUACAGGUAGAACCGAGAGAAUCACCGAUUCCCAGCUGUGCGUUUACAGUCCUGGUCAAGAGAUCCUUCACGCUUAUGACUCUAAUGGUUUGGCUGGGGGCGCACUCCAGACAUACAAUUCUCGUACUUGCAUCUACUCAAUUUUGGGAAUAUGUGCAGAUUCUUACACCGCGCAAUCGGUGACGAUCUACUCACGAGUAGCGCGAUUCCUUGAUUGGAUCGAACCAAUUGUUUGGGCGACCCAACUGAGUCCGAGGAUGAGGACGGUACUCCGCCAGAGUACGAAAGAAACGAACUCUCGCCUUACUCCUACGGGUCCGAUCAGGAAGAACACCGUCGUGGUAGACACUAGUGAAUUCAAGGACAUCUCAAUAGCCGAAUUUCGAAAACUUUUCGAGGAACUGCGACUCAAUCUUUCAGCGGUAAAAUCCGUUCAGCCGCACACGUUGCGUAACGUUGUGCUGAUUGAGAUGAUUACCUCGGAGCAUGCGGAAGAUUUAGCAAGAAACCACAACAUGAAACACACCGUGAUGGUCAACAAUCAAACGAUUCAGAUUCCCGUGUAUUUGGACGGUGAAGGGGCUACAAUCGUAAGAGUGACCAAUCUCGCGCCCCGGAUGUCCAACGACUGCAUCGUGGAGUUUUUAGCAAACUUUGGAGAAGUGGUGGCAAUAAAGGAUGAAGUCUGGGGUGGACAACUGGCAGGUAUUACCAAUGGCAAACGGAACGUUCAGAUGAAGCUUUCCUAUCACAUUCCACAGAGGAGCUCCAGCGGAUCCGAAAUGAGCGACUCGGAUGCCCAGCUCCUCUACCAGGAGCAGCUUCGCCAGGAACGACUGCGGCAGGAGCAGCUCCAGCAGGAACAACUACGCCAAGAGCAGCUCCGGCAAGAACAGCUCCGGCAGGAACAGCUGCGCCAAGAACAGCUGCAGGAACAGCGCCGGCAGGAACAGCUGCAGGAACAGCGCCGGCAGGAACAACUCCAGCAGGAACAACUCCGUCAAGAACAACUCCGCCAGCAGCAGCUGCAGAAUCCUGAUCCGAUGAUCCGGAUGAUGGGGAUGUUCGAGCAGCUGGUAGCUUCGGUGCAGCAGACUGUCCAGCAGCAGCAACAGUUCAUGGAGCGGUUUUCAAGAAGCGCAACCCAGCCACCUCCAAACCCGGAACAGAUCAUCGACUCGCUUGCUGGGAACAUCAAGGACUUCCGGUACGACGCCGACAACAGCGUAACCUUCGCGGCGUGGUACUCCCGGUACGACGAUCUGUUCGCCCAAGACGCUGCCCGUCUGCAGGAUGACGCCAAGGUCCGGCUAUUGCUGCGAAAGCUCGGCCUUCCCGAGCACGAACGAUACGUGAGUUUCAUACUCCCCGCCGUCCCCAAGGACUUCAGCUUCGCCGACACCGUUGACACGCUCAAGAGCCUCUUCGGUGCGAAGGAAUCGGUCGUGAGCAGGCGCUAUCGGUGCCUCCAAAUCUCGAAGCAGCCAACCGAGGAUCACGUCUCGUACGCCUGCAGAGUGAACAAGCUUUGCGUCGAAUUCGACCUAGGCAAACUCACCCAAGAUGAGUUCAAAUGCCUUGUUUACGUUUGCGGAUUGAAGUCGGGGAGCGACGCCGAAAUCCGUACGCGACUUCUUUCCAAGAUCGAGGAGAACACUAACGUCACACUGCAGCAGCUGUCAGACGAGUGUCAGCGUCUACUAAACCUACAGCAUGACAACGCCAUGAUCGAGACGCCGUCAACCUCCGACGUAAACAAAGUCGAGCAACGAUUCGAACGCAACAAAAGCAACAGGCGCGACCGAGAUCAACAACCUUACGCUGCCGGCAAGUCCAAAAGCAAGCCGCCGCGUCCGUGUUGGUUUUGUGGAGCGGACCACUACGUCCGCGACUGCACCUUCCGAAACCACAAGUGCGCCGAUUGCGGAGUCACCGGACAUCGCGAGGGCUAUUGCAGUUCUGCCAAGCCGCUGAAACCCUUCAAACGAGGAGGCCCGAGGGACUCGGUCAGCAGUAACGUGGUGGUUAUCAACGAGUGCACGGUACAGAAGCGACGGAGAUUCGUUUCGGUUGAUUUCGGCGGGACACCGAUCCGGCUUCAACUGGACACAGCAUCCGACAUCACCGUGAUCAGCAAGGAACUGUGGAACGAAGUUGGCUGCCCAAGGUUAUCACCCUCCGUUCGCGCUAAAACAGCUUCUGGGACGGAAUUGUCGCUGAACGGCGAGUUCCGCUGCGACAUCACCAUCGCCGGAAGCACCCGCAACGAGCUGAUCCGCGUAACCGAGAAACCACUCCAGCUGCUUGGCUCGGAUCUUGUGGACAGCUUUGGGCUAGCAUCCAUCCCGAUGGACAGCUACUGCUGCAACGUAUCCAGCGUUCCCGACCCGGCGCCGGCACUCAAGUCGGCCUUCCCCAAGGUGUUCAGCAAAAACCUCGGCUUGUGCACCAAAACAAAGGUGAAGUUGGAGCUGAAAGAAAACUGCCGACCGGUUUUCUGUCCCAAACGUCCGGUGGCCUACGCGAUGCACAUAACUGACGAUUUGUUAUCACAUUUAUGCUUGGAGUUCUUCUUCGUCUCAGCUCAGCUCUCCCCACAGUUGCAUUUCAAUCGUGAUUUCGGAAUGUUGCUCGUGCUACUAUUUCUGUCACUGACCUCCGCUCUGGACCCGACCUCCAAUAACGCCCUGUACCAGUGUGGAGUUCGUCGCCGCAUUGGUGUCCAGCUUAUUGAACGAGGAUGGGUAGCCGAGCUGGGCCAAUGGCCGUGGCACGCAGCCCUGUUUCACGUGUCCAGCAACGGGUCUAGCAGCUAUGCCUGCGGUGGAACUCUGUUGGAUCAACGCCACGUCCUGACAUCGGCGCACUGUGUCACAACCAAACGGAGGAAGAACAUCGUCCCGAUAAGUGGUUCGAAGCUCGUGAUUCAUCUCGGGCAGUACGAUCUGCGGGAGAUAACGGAAGUUCAGCUGCGCAAUGUCAGCGAAGUACACAUUCACGAAGAGUACUCGACGAACCGAAAUGAUAUCGCGGUGCUCGUGCUGAGCUCGGACGUUGAGUACUCGGACUUUGUGAUACCAAUCUGCCUGGAUAAUCGCGUUGACCCGGAUCUUACCAAGCUCGUCGGUCAACGAGGAUCCGUCGCCGGAUGGGGACUAACGGAGAAUCAUACAGUGGCGCAGUUGUUGCGGACGGCACAGAUGCCCGUCGUUAGUCACGUGGAGUGCGUUCAGGCGGAUCCAACACUGUUUGGUCGAUAUUUGGACCGCGGGAUGUUCUGUGCAGGAGAGCGGAACGGCACUAGCGUUUGCAACGGUGAUAGCGGAGGUGGAUUCUACAUUAGCGAGGGUGAUCGCUGGGUCUUGAGGGGAGUGGUAUCGUUUUCCGGGGUUGACGAAAAUCGGCAGUGUGAUACGGCGCAAUACGCUGGGUUCGCGAAUGUGCAUAACUAUUUGGGUUGGAUAAAGGAUGUAACGGGGUCCAGAGGUGGUGCCGCUGAUAAGCUUGAUAUUCCAAGGAGAAGAAGUGAAAUUGAGUGUAAAAGGUAUAAAGAACUGGCUGCUAAACGAAGCAAUGGUAUUUGCUUGAACUCCAGACAGCCGCAUAAUGUUGCUCUCAUCUACGAGAAUUCCUGGGGAGUUUGCUCCGGAGCACUCAUUAGCGAUGAAUAUAUCUUGACAGCGUGCAGUUGUAUGAAAAGAAUGAAACCCGUCAGUGCACGUAUCGGACAAUUUCUGAACAUCAAAAUAGCGAAAAUUGUUUGUCACCCACAACACGAAGACUUUGUUAACGACGUUGCACUGAUCAAACUCAAGUCAAAGGUAGAGUUUGCAGCAUCGGUCAUACCAGCCUGUUUGGCCAACGAUUGGACCGAGAAUCUGUACGACACUCUGCUUCUCACUGGGUUCAAGGAGGACUUCCGCGUCUACGAAGAUAUUCCAGGAUUCGGAGAACGACCGAAAAUCACCGAGGUUGUAGAAUCGGUAGACAAUCUGAUCAUCACCAAAGAAGAGUGCCGGAACAGGACUCAGGAUACAGGUAGAACCGAGAGAAUCACCGAUUCCCAGUUGUGUGUUUACAGUCCUGGUCACGAGAUCCUUCAUGCAUAUGGCUCCAAUGGUUUAGCCGGGGGCGCACUCCAGACGUACAAUUCCCGCACUUGCAUGUACUCGAUUUUGGGAAUAUGUGCAGACUCUUACACCGCGCAAUCGGUGACGAUCUACUCGCGAAUAGCGCGAUUUAUUGACUGGAUCGAACCAAUCGUGUGGGCUGUUGGCGACCCAACCGAGUCCGAGGAUGAGGACGGUACACCGCCAGAGUACGAAGGAAACGAACUCUCGCUAGGUUCGUCCACGGAAGAUACUUGCACGUACAAGUUCGACCCAAACCAGCUAACUCCUACGGGUCCGAUCAGGAAGAACACCGUCGUGGUAGACAUCAGCAAAUUCAUGGACAACUCACAAGCCGACGUGCGGAAACUUUUCGAGGAACUGCAACUCAACCUUUCAACGGUGAAAUCCAUUCAGCCGCACACGUUGCGUAACGUUGUACUGAUUGAGAUGAUUACCGCGGAGCAUGCGGAAGAUUUAGCAAGAAACCACAACAUGAAACACACCGUGAUGGUCAAAAAUCAAACGAUUCAGAUUCCGGUAUAUAUGGACGGUGAAGGGACUACAAUCGUUAGAGUGACCAAUCUUGCGCCCCGGAUGUCCAACGACUGCAUCGUGGAGUUUUUGGCAAACUUUGGAGAAGUGGUGGCAAUAAAGGAUGAAGUCUGGGGUGGACAACUGGCAGGUAUUACCAAUGGCAAACGGAACGUUCAGAUGAAGCUUUCCUAUCACAUUCCACAGUGGGUUUUGAUCAACGGAGAAGUUGGCUCGGUUUCGUACCAGGGACAGUUACCACAUCUUUUGUAGAACCCUCAGUGAAAAACUAUUGCACUAUUUGAAUCAACAUGAAUAAACAUUUAUUUUCACUACUUUUC